ACAUGGAGGAGAACUAUUGUAAUAUCAAGAAAGAUUUUACUGAAUUGAUAGGUAAUACCCCUAUGGUAUACCUCAAUAACAUUGUGGACGGUUGUGUUGCUCGCAUUGCUGCCAAGCUUGAAAUGAUGGAACCUGCCUCUAGUGUUAAAGACAGAACUGCAUACAGCAUGAUCAAAGAUGCAGAAGAUAGGGGCUUGAUCACUCCAGGGAAGACCAUUUUGAUUGAAACUACGAGUGGCAAUACUGGCAUUGGAAUGGCAGCUAUUGCUGCAAUGAAGGGUUACAAAGUUAUAAUCCUCAUGCCUGCUUCUUCGAGUUUUGAGAGAAGAAUGGUACUAAGGGCUUUUGGAGCCGAAGUUCGCCUUUUUGAUCCAGCCGAGGGCUUUACUGUGACGCUUGAAAAGAUUGAUGAGAUGUUAGCUAAAACACCUAAUGGUUAUAUGCUUCAUCAAGUGGAAAAUCCUGCCAAUCCAAAGAUUCAUUACGAAACUACUGGUCCAGAAAUAUGGAGAGACUCAGCAGGGAAAAUUGAUGCCCUGGUUGCAGGGGUAGGAACUGGUGGAACUGUGACCGGAACGGGGAGAUUCCUCAAGGAAAAAAGCUCAAAGAUUAAGGUGUACGGCGUUGAACCAGUUGAAAGUGCAGUUCUGAAUGGAGGAAAUCCUGGUCCACAUUUGAUCCAAGGAAUUGGUUCUGGGAUCAUUCAUAAUGUUCUAGAUGCUGAAUUGCUAGAUGAAGUUCUUCAAGUAUCAAGUGAGGAAGCAAUUGAAACUGCUAAGCUACUUGCCUUGAAAGAAGGUUUAUUGGUUGGCAUCUCUUCUGGUGCUGCUGCUGCAGCUGCAAUUAAGUUGGCAAAAAGAGCUGAAAAUGCUGGUAAACUUAUAGUUGUGAUAUUCCCUAGUUCUGGAGAGCGUUACCUAUCUUCACCGCUUUUUGAUUCCAUUAGGCAUGAAGUGACAAACAUGACUAUAAAUUGAUUAAUAGCUACUUCC